GUUGGUGCUGGGAGUUGGUGGCGCGGUGCAGGGCUCCUAAGAACGAACGGCUUGGGCGCGGGUAAUCAGCUUCCUUUCCCCCAGUUUCUCACUCAUUCUAGGUAACUCGCGGCUCUUCUUGUUUUCCAAGACUGGUAUCCGGGGACUGUGACUUGCAGGGUCCGCCAUGGAGCCGGAGCAGAUGCUGGAGGGACAAACGCAGGUUGCAGAAAAUCCUCACUCUGAGUAUGGUCUCACAGACAACGUUGAGAGGAUAGUAGAAAAUGAGAAGAUUAAUGCAGAAAAGUCAUCAAAGCAGAAGGUAGAUCUCCAGUCUUUGCCAACUCGUGCCUACCUGGAUCAGACAGUUGUGCCUAUCUUAUUACAGGGACUUGCUGUGCUUGCAAAGGAAAGAGUUUUACAACAGAGAGAAAAUACAGCAGUCAAGUAUAAUGUAAAAAAUACAGCCAAUUUUUCUCAGCAUUGUUUCUGGACCUUUCUGAGGGUGGGAUCUGGGCAUCUUCAAUGGCUUAACAAGUAUCACAGGUGAUUCUAAUGUACAAUAAAGUUGGAGUACUAAUAAAAGCAUUGCAAAGGGGAUACAAUAUCCUCUAAUGUUAUCAACAUUUAUAGUAAUAGCUAUAAUUUAUUGCAUUCCUACUAAGUUUCAGGCAUAGUACAUUUUUACUUAAAUGAUCUCUGAUAUGGCAGCUCUGCAAAGUAGAUAUUAUUAUUCCCAUUUUGCAGAUGAGGAAACAGACUUGGAGAGGUUAAGUGACAUGCUCAAGACAACACUGCUGGUAAGUUUUUGAAUGGGAAUUCAAAUCCGGUUCUACCAAUGUGUUGCUGAAUUUCAUUGCUUCUCUUUGCAAUAAAAAGCAGCAGCCAGUUCUUUUUGGGGUCUAUUCUCAUUGUCCCCUGUGAAGAAAUGGAGAUGGCUCACUAGCUCAGAAAAUAGAGAAACUGCCAUAAAAGAGCCAGGAAAAAACAUCCACUAGAGCAGUGGUUCUCAAAGAGGAGUGAUGAUCUCUCCCCACCCCCAUUUCCCCAGAGAACACUUGUUGAUGUCUGGACACAUUUUGGUUGUCACGACUAGAAUCAG